AUGGCAACCAAAAGUGUUGAUACUAGGAUGAUGUCUGACCGGGAGUAUGACAGACAUUUGUUGUUACACAGACGCCGGAUGCAGACGAUGAGACCAAACGUCGAUAACCAGCCAUCACCGCAUUAUCCUCACAUUUCAUUAGGCUUGAAACGAUUAAAGACGGAAGAACAGAAAAAAGCGGAGACAGACAGGGAAAACAAGUUAUUGUUGAAGAGAAUGACGGCUAUCAUGAUGGCCCGGAGUAACUAUCCGGAUCAGGACACAAGAAAGAGCAGAAGCAUGAACGGUGAUAAACGACAAAGAGAACAAGAUCGCAUCACCGCUGACAACCGACACAUCGCUCAGAAAAUUGAAAGAACAAUGACUCUGAUAUGCUUUAGCUAUCAUAAAGAGCGGCAGAAACUUUUGGAACGGCUGAGACGAUCUAAGUCUAAGGAACAGAGCCCUAGUCGUUCUCCGCUAUUAGCCAAGAGAAAACAAAAGCCGGUUUAUGAGUCCGAUUUUGACAGUGACACGGAAAACAGCCAGGGAGAGGAAGACCAGAAAGAUAAACUGCCACCAAUCAAAACGGUAGGGGCAGUUCGCUGUAGUUCUU